AUGAUAAAGUCCCUUCUCACCAUUCUGGUUCUUUCUGUAUGCUGCUCUGAUGCAGUCAAUCAAUUCUGUAGAGGUGUGACGACAUCUGCUGUUGGCGGAACUUGCCCAUCUGGAUAUGUUGUAAUUUAUGGGAACAAAUGUUGUACUACGAACGAUUAUUAUGAGAUGUCAAGCCUCGCAUGCAAAGGUAAUUGGAAUCCGGCAAACUACGGAGGGUGUCCUAAUGGACAAUCGAUUUUUAAUGAACACUAUUGUUGUGAUAACAAAGACAUCUAUGAUACAACGACUGCGUCCUGUAAAGCUGGUGGAGUUAUAGGACUUGCUGUAAACCAACUUUGCGGAACUAACUAUUAUAGUCGAGUUGUGAAGUUUGAUUUCGAAAUAAUCCAAAUAAUUGAUAAAUAA